AACCUGAAAUCAGAAAGCGGAAGAGUGUGUGCAAAAUUUUAGGCUGGCGCGGAAAAACCAUUCAAAUUUGUAGUCGAGAACACCUCACUGACAUGUGUCAGGUGGAAUACAGCACUAAACGCGAUCAGCUAGUGGAAUUGGCCAGAGGCGCCCUGGAACCGAUUUGAAAACAAAUAUCCCAGUCAAUACCUGAUAUCUAACUGUGGACAAACGAAACACGUCCCCACACCGCAAUCAAAAAAUUUUGCGCUGUAACAUUCUGUUUCGAAGCAAAAGAAGAAAGACAAUUCCAAAAUAAAUGAGUAGUCGAAAAUCGGCGGCGGCAGCAGCUGCUGCUCCCGCGGCCGUCGAGGGUCCCUCGACGGCCAAACGACGGGGUCGACCGCCCAAGUCGCAGUCAGCCGCGAUGGAGCGACCCAAGCCAAAAUUUCAGUACCAUCUGCUGAAAAAGCCUAAAUACCUUUGCAAGGAUAGUGGCGGCGAUUCACGGUUCAGUACACCGUCAGCUUCACGGGCAUCAUCUCCACAAGGUAGUGAGGAAAGUCGUCCUUCCACCUCGCGCCGAUCGGUUCCGACCAAAGCGCCUCGGUCCGCCAAGUCAGCGGGAAAAGGAAGAGGAGGUGGUCGUGGACGAGGAGCUAUUAACCGUAAAAGCUACACGUAUCACGAGUCUGAGUACCACUAUGGUUCGGACUUUGGUGAUGAUAGCGACAAAAGUGACGCCUACGAUGAUUCGAUGCGUUCGGCAAGCGACUCUGACGAUAGUUUGGCCAACGAGUCGGAUUCGGACUUUUCGAUUCAUAGCUUCAGCACUUCCACGAUUACCGGGGGUUGCCUGAAAGAACCGUCUCCCGAUCCAGUAUGGCUACAAGAGCGAGAAUUUCCCGCACUAGAGUUGCCAGCAUCCUCCGAGGAUUUGUUGGUACCGAAAGCAAUUGUCCUCAAAUGCACGUCGAUCUACGAAAUCAUAAGACGCUUUAGACACUUGGUUCGGUUGUCGCCGUUCCGAUUGGAGGAUUUCUGUGCAGCGAUUAUGUGUGACGACCAGAGCCCACUGUUGACAGAAAUACACAUCAUGCUACUGAAGGCAAUUCUGCGUGAGGAAGACUCGCAGCAGACACAUUUUGCACCGCUCGAUCAGAAGGACAGCGUUAACAUUGCUCUUUAUUUGAUAGAUUCUAUUACGUGGCCAGAAGUACUACGAAGUUACAUCGAAAGUGAUUCUGGCUUAGAUCAGGAAGUGCUGAAGGUACUCAGCACCAAUGAGUAUCCAUUUGUGAGACCGGACGAAAGGUUAAAAGUGUUACAGUUUUUAACAGAUCAAUUUCUUAUCACCACUACCGUGCGAGACGAUAUGCUGCAGGAGGGUCCAAUACAUUACGAUGAUCAUUGUCGUAUUUGUCAUCGGUUGGGCGAUUUAUUGUGCUGUGAGACGUGCCCGGCAGUGUUCCAUCUGGAGUGUGUUGAUCCGCCUCUGCUGGAUGUACCAAGCGAGGAUUGGCAGUGCAAUUUAUGUAAGCUGCACAAAGUUUCCGGUGUGCUGGAUUGCAUUUCGCCACAGGAAAAACAGGGUAUGCUCUGUCGGCAGGAAUUGUUGGGUUAUGAUCGGCAUGGACGGAAAUAUUGGUUCGUCGGAAGACGAAUUUUCGUCGAGACGGAAGAUUCCACGGAAGUGUGGUACUUUAGUACGGUCAAACAGUUUGAGUAUUUGCUUUUUAAACUGGAUGCGGCAGAGUUUGAGGUACACUUGUACAAAGAGCUAGACGACCGGCGAGAUGAGAUAAUUCGUCAAAUGACCAUCACAGAAACCAUAACCAAUCAGCAAAAGGGAAGCAAAAAAUCCUACAUCGAAGUAGACAAUCAGCGGUUGGAGAAAUUAAUGGAACAGAACGGUACGAAAAAUGGGGACAGGAUGGAUGUGGAUGAUUUGAGCGAAAAUGGAGAAGCAGAUGAAAAAUCAAAAGAUGGAACCAAUGGUAGCGAAUCGUCUGGCAAAGAGGAGGACGAUUCUAAAAAUGGUGAUGAUAAACAUGUGACCAGAUCGAAAACGGGCUCGUUGGCACCACGCAUACUGAACACGGAAGAUAGAAGGAAGAAUUCGCUGUCCAAAGAGGAUGAAGAUUCGCGGAUGACACGCAAUAAACUGAACCAGAUGGUCAAUGGGACGUUGCAUUUUAAACUUGGCAUGGAAAAUGGAUUCAAGGUGUACGUCAAUCAGUACUCUAUCAAUCCUAUUGCAUUGAACAAACCACAGCGGAACGAGGAGCGGGAUAAAAAACGACAUUUGUCGCAUAAAUUCUCACUAACGCAGGCAUCGGAGUUCAAAUGGUUGGGCGGUGGAUUGUACAGUAGCCAGACUCAGAUUGUAUCAACUCUGAAGCAGUCCAUUAUUGCUUUGGAACAGGCUAUCGCUUCACCAUUCCUGCAUCAAAACUGGUCCAAAUUGCGAAAGACAUGGAUCGGCGCUAUUAGUGCGUGUACCAAGGCUAAAGAUUUUGCACGAAUUCUUUGCAUUCUGCAAGCAUGUAUGAGGGGAGUUGUUUUCGCUAGCGUUUGGCACGAACAACUGGGGCACACCAGAAUGUAUCGAAUAACAUCGGCCGAACGGGAAGAGAAGAAGAAACUCGAAAAACGAGAGAAACGAGAGCGCGAUGACGAAGAAGAGCGAAACAGAAUGACUUUCAACUUCGUUAAGUAUUCACUGGGACUGAAGCACCAGGUCUGGAAGCAAAAAGGCGAAGAAUAUCGUAUCCAUGGUCAGUGGGACUGGGUAUGGAUGUCGUUAGGUCGCCGGAAGACAACGAACCGAAGCCAGAACAAAAAUGAAGUUAGCUACGUGUUGAUUCCGGUCGUUGCUGAGGUUCACAAGAAACUGCUGAAAUUGGACGAAAAAACUUAUGAAGCUUAUCGAGCAUGCAUCGAAGGUAGUGCGGAGUUGGAUUUUUUAACAGACAAUGAACAGUUGAACAAUCAACUGAUGGAAAGUUUCAACCAGCUGGAAACAUUCCCGGUUCCGGAUAGUUUUGGAGAGAUAGAUGUCUCCAGAGCGCUCUCAAUGCCAGGCGGUCGAAUUUUGUAUCCAAAAAUCGCUAGAAAAUCGUCAUUCCUGGAUGAUUUGCUGCAUAGACGGGUAGACCUGAAGGAGGAAGAAGAACGCAAAAUUGCUAAAGUCAAACAAGAAGAUGACGAAAUAAAUGUCAACGUUAUUCCUAAACCCGAUGCUAAUAACAUUCGACCUAGCGAGUGUGUCGAAAAGCAGCUACUUGCUAUAGUCAAUCACCGAAAUGGUUCCGUUGGCAAAACGCAAGUGCUACAAAACAAUCAGCAGCAAAGUCUCGAAAAUGCGGAACAGUUGAGUGCAUUGAUUCAACAAAUUGUGCCGCUUCGUGCAAAAUUCCAGCAGCUUCAACGGGAAGCCAACCAGAACAAGUGUUACUCUUUAGGAUGCGAACAGGAAGAUUUUUGCUAUUCAGCUGUGUGCACUCGAAAACGUCGUAUUCAAGAGGAACUGUAUACUUUGCUUAAAAAAGCUCAGACACUGGACAGUAAUGUAGUUACUAAACCUACUGCCGGAGGCAACAAAUCCAUCUUGGAGCAAAAGUUAACCGAGAGUAAGCCCGAAGAUUUCCAAGGAAUGUUGUCUCAGUUUUCCAUGAAUCGAUACCAAACCGUGCUGGAGGAUUGGGAACGAGCUCAUCGCAAUCUGAUUGAAUAUGAUGAGCAGUUUGUGGAAUCGAUGGCUGUUUCCAAGGUCGCAGAAGAACACAACAAUAACGUAACCAGUGAAGUGGAAGUCAAAACAGAAGAUGCUCCUGAUAUGGUCGUCAAGGAAGAGGUUGUGAGCACGGAGAAUGAAAUGGAUCUUAACGGUUCCGAUCGAAUGGAUGACAGUAUGAAAAUGAAUGAAAAUUCUAAUUCCAUUUCGGAAAAUUCCUGCGAUGAACCCCGAGCAACUCGAAGGGGUCGGUCGAGAAAUAGCAAAAACAAUUCCAUUGUCGUGGAGGACUCCGAGCUGAAGGUGAAAGACGAAGUAAUGGUUCUACCGAAAAAGGAACGCAAACCAAACCGUAGAUUCGCCGCACCUUCUCGCAGUGUGAAAAAAGAGGAAACUGACGAGAAAGAAACGGCACCAGAUGGGAGCAUUCGUGUCUAUUCGACCAGUUCUAGCAAAGGUAAAGUGUACCUUCGCGCAGUCUGCUCCGGGGAUAGCAAGAUCAAGGUAGAAAGCAAACUAGCAAAACCAAAGUAUCCGGUUAUCAACUAUUUCCGCAAUAAAAAUCAAUCUACCUCGAUAAUGGUUUUACCACGUCAUGAAGUUUUGAAGUUGAGCCGUGUGGGCGGCCGUCUGGCUGUGAUGGGAUUCCAUCAUAUGGCGAAAAAUAACAACUCAGUAUGGCCUUAUCCGUGUGCUAGGCCGAUGUUCAAAACAUGCUGGUUAUAUCGGACGUUGAAUUUGUCCACGCUUGCCGCGGUAGGAUUACAGCUGCGUAUCCUUUGGACCUGUCUGCGAUGGGAUGACAUGGCCAUGAAACCGGCGACCAGCGAUGGAAAGCAUCAGGUCACGACAGAAUCCGAAAUUAUGUCUUUGGAGAUUCUUAAGCACAGAUACGCCGGGGUAUUUAAUGAACGUUUACAAUAUCUCCGGCGAAAGGUCGUUAUUCCUUUGGAACUACCGAAAACGGUUAGAGAGGUGCAAUCCAUUCGAUCGGGUCUGCGUAAGCGAAAACGGGCUGAAUCUCCCCAACAAACGGAACCACAAGUGUCGGAAGAGUGGAUAGACGAAGACAAGCUUGAACUGUGGGAGAUAAAGUUGUACGGUGAAAGGCAGGAGAAGUUGGCUGCUGCCCAGAUACAACCAGUGACUCGCACUAGUACAGGAAAACUUCCGCCGAAUCGUUUGGCCGAUUCGUCCAAUCCAUCAACACCGACCAGUAAUGGCAGCAGUAACUCGAAUACCGGUUCCUCUAGUAUCCCGAACAAAUCAACUGUCAUAUCAAACAAAGCCACUCGUGAGGAAAUAACCGAGAAAAUGGAACAGCAAUUACGGAUACAGCGUGCCGCACAUAAUCAGAAGCGAGCAUUGGAGCAGAAACAGCAGGAUGGUUCCACGCCGGCUAAACAAACAGUUGUACAACGUCGUAUCAUCGUGAAGAAUCCAGACGGAACAACUAAAAUUAUUCAGCAAAAUAUCACACAGCCGGCCGGUCAAGCCCGUUCUUCUGCCACGACCCAGCAAGCCCAACAGUCGCAGCAGCAAGCGCAAACAACUCCGAAGUCCGAUGGUCCACAAAAGGUACAGAUCAUUCGUGGUCCGGACGGAAAGGUUAGCGUUCGUGGUCUCAACCCAGGACAGCAGCUUAUUCAGACGGCUGACGGGAAAUUGCAUGUACUCAGUGCGGCUCCUGGAUCGAGCCCAGCCGCUAGUAAGCAAGCCAUUGCCGCCAAAGUUGGUCAGAAGAUUAUAACCAAGGUAGCUGCUGCCGGCAAUGCUAGCCCAGCGUCUGCAGCAACUACCUCGGUAACAACCACAUCCACCAUCCAAUCCCAACCGCAACAGCAGCAACAGUCGGCACAGGCUACUAAACCACAGCAACAAACGAGCUCCUCCACGGUGGUUAGUUCACCCACUGUGACCCAGCAGAUCCUAAACAAAUCGCCUGGAAUAGUCGUACGAAACCAGGCUGGACAACCAAUUAAGCAGAUUAUACAGAAGCAGGUUGUUCAGAAGGUCCAAGCUACAAGCACUACUCCCCAGCAAUCGGUGGCCACGCCACAGAAAAUAAUCAUCAACAAUCAACAGGGCACGGUGCAGAAAAUUAUCACCUCCAGUGGUCAGGUUAUCAGCACAGCACCCGAGACCCAAGUGCAGAAGGUCGUAACCCAGUCGAAUCUCCAGCAGUUGUUGCAAGGUACCGGCCAGAAGGUAGUCGUUGAACAGAACGCAGGCCAAAGCCCGGUGCAAACCCAGAAGCUACUGGUCGCCACUACACCCACGGGGCAAACCAUACAGAAACAGAUUCUCAUCCAGAACACCAGCCCUGGAACUCCUCAGCAGAUUAUUAUCAACCAGGCAGGUGGUCAGAAGGUUGUGCAACAGAUAGUAGCAUCCCCAGGACAGCAGAUAAUGAUCGGCGGCCAGCGUAUCAUAUUGAAUGCAGCUGGAGGACAGAAAAUUAUUGGCAACCAGCCGAUACAGAUUCAACAAAGUCAACCAAUUCAGCAGCAAGUGCAGCAGGUUCAGAAAAUACAUCAGAUUAUGGCAUCUCCGCAGCAAGUGCAACAACCACAGCAGAUUCAAAUACAAAUUCAGCAACCCGUCACUCAACAACAACAACAACAACCGCAACAACAGGUGCAAACAGUUCAGACUCAGCCUGUUCCACUUUCCCAGGGACAAAGUCUUGCACAGCAAUUGUCCAGUGGCAAGCUACAGCUGGCCAAUCUCAAUGGCCAGCAGGUGUUGAUACGACCGCUUGGCAACAACCAGGCGCAAGUCGUAGCUCAUAUCAAAACUCAGCCAAACGGAACUGCACAAAUAAUCCCUCUAGGAAAUGCGGUGGAUCCACCUCCGGCUCAACCCCAGCCACAACUUCAACCAGUGCAACAAGUCGUGCAAGCGGCACCACUGCAACAAACAACCAUCCAGCAAGUUGUACAACAGCAACAACCUGUGUCACAGGCAAAUGUCGUUCACCAGACAUUGACGGCGUCCGGUGGGUCACAAACCACUUUCCAGCAGCUGGCCGCUGCCCAAUCUCAGCAGCAGCAGCAGCAGCAACAACAGCAACAACCAUUGGAUCCUGUCGAACAGAAAUUACUGCAAGGCCAACCCCCGGGAACGGUCAUCAAGUGCGUAACUGCCCAAGUAAUACAGACACAGCAAGGACCUCGUAUAGUGCUUCAAGGAUUGCAAGGGUCCGAAUUUACGCCUCAACAGUCGGCCUUGGUACAGCAGCAAGUUAAGCAACAGCUGUUGAAAGCACAAGAGUCCAAUGGCAAACAGGGGGUACUUGGGCCAACCAAAAUCUACUUAGCUAUUCAGCCGUCCCAGCAGGCUCAACCACCUCCGCUGGCCCCAGUUCAGAUCAAACAUGACGGCGGUACGACCCAGAUACAGCUUCACCAGCAAGCCGACUCGACCGUAUCAACGACGACUCCAACGGCGGAGGACUCGGAACUGCCACUGUCCGGUUCGCUGAUCAGUACAACAACGACGAUCAAAACGGCCGCCAGCACUAGCAGUAACGAUAGCAAACCUCAGAUUCUGUCCAACAUUGUCAUCAACGGUAGUGGCACUGCUGCCAUCAAUCCGAUAGUCAAAAAAGAAUUGCAGAAAGUGCUGGCUUGUAAUAUCAACAAACAGAAUGUUGUACAGCUGCAGCCUCUACAGCAGUCGACGUCAGGGGAGAUGCAACUGGAGCAGACCAAUGAGGACCCGGAGAGUUCCCAGUUAGCGGCUAAAGGCGAGAAUGCUUCGGAUGACGAUGACGAUGAUGAUAACAGGAAACUCGACGACAAUGAUUCGUUUGUGGUGACUCCCGACUACAUUCAACAAACAAUCAAGAAUGCCCUGAAGCAGGAAAACCUUAAUCCGGAGAUUGAGGAGAAACUAUUGAAUUUGCAGCGUUAUCAGGAGAAACAGAUGAAAGCUGAUGACCGUGGCGGUGCUGCGAUUGCCCUUCAGCAUAACUAUAGUAAUAUGAGUGCAAUUAGGGAGCACAGUAGUCCGGUGAAAGCGAAAAAGCGACCUAAUCGGGGUGAGGACGAUGACGACGAGUGGAUGAUGGAGACACCGAAACGACGUCCGCCAAAGGCCUGUUCGAGUUCAGUUGGAUCGGUUGAACGUAGGAAUCCAAUUGCUGUUGCUACUGUUGGCGAUGUUGGUGCUGGAUGUGUCACAGGCGUCAGUAGUGGUGAUGGCCCCAGUUCCAGUAGGAAACGUGCAAUAUCCCAAAGCGAUUCUGUUACUUCGGUUGCAGCGGCCGCCGCUGCUGCGGCAAUCGUUGCGUCCGUUAAUGCUGCGAACGAUGCUCCGGAACCGCCGGUGAGUUCACCGACCGUAUCUAAUGCCAGAUCGGAAGCAGCUCGAAAGAGCAACGAAAGAAGAAAACAGCAGCAAGCGCUUUUACAACAACAGCAGCGGCAAAACAAGUUGCAGGCUCAACUGAACCGCCACAAAGAGCAACUGAAGAAAGACAUUCUCAAGAAGCGAUCUCAUCUCGAACGGGAAUUACAGGUACAAAUUCAAAAGGAACUGUCGGUGGAACUUGCAGCCAAAUGCAAACAGGAACAGCAACAGAUCAAGCAGGAAAACUCGGCGAAGCAUGGUACAUCUGCAGCGCAGUCAACGACCGUGGAAAAGAGUAGCACUGCUAAAAAGAAGGCAAAUACCACGACAGCAUCGAAAGAAAACCACCAAAAGACGCAGAAGAUUGCAACCAGCAUGCACAAGACAGAGAAACCAUCCAAGAGCAGUAAAAAACGGUUAUCAAACAAGAAGGAAAAAAUCUACUGCCUUUGCAGGACGCCUUAUGAUGAUACAAAAUUUUACGUCGGUUGUGAUCUGUGCAACAAUUGGUUCCAUGGGGAUUGCGUUGGGAUUUCUGAGGAACAAUCGAAAGAGAUCAACGAAUUUGUGUGUAGCGAGUGCAAGCAUGCCCGAGAAACGCAGGAACUGUACUGUCUGUGUAAACAACCAUACGACGAAUCACAAUUCUAUAUUUGCUGUGAUAAAUGCCAGGACUGGUUCCACGGACGAUGCGUCGGUAUUUUACAGAGUGAGGCGGAGUUCAUUGAUGAGUACAUCUGUCCAAACUGUCAGAUAAACAAUUCCGUUAAUUUUGCCAACAUGAAAACGUUGAGUGCGAAAGAGUUUGAAAAUUUGAAGAAGUUAAUCAAACAAUUACAGCAUCACAAAAGCGCAUGGCCAUUUAUGGAACCGGUCGAUCCGGAUGAAGCCCCUGACUACUACCGUGUGAUAAAAGAACCGAUGGAUCUUCAAAAAGUGGAAGCAAAGGUGGACAACCAGACCUACAAUACAUUGUCCGAGUUCAUCGGUGAUAUGACUAAGAUCUUCGACAAUUGCCGCUACUACAACCCAAAGGAAUCCCAAUUUUAUCGGUGCGCCGAAAGUCUGGAGUCGUUCUUUGUACAAAAAAUCAAAUUUUUCCGUGAAAACUUAGUCGAUAAGAAGCCUAGCACGUCUUCGUAAAGGCAAGUGAUCUAACUAUUUUUUUUAAUAUAUAAAAUCAGCAAAGUUUAUUCAAAUAGUUUAUUCAGGCACAAUGACACAGUAACUUCUACUGUACAUUCAAAGUAAUAUAAUAAUAGGAUUGAGUUAGCUUCUAUUACUUUCUAAACACAAUGAUUUCCUUUUUUUAAUUGAAUGUGAAACCUCUACUUUCACGCUUAGUUGUUUAAAUGUCCAGAAAGGGAUAUUUGCAUAAUGGUAUUGUAGCAAACCGUUCGUACAAUAAAAUAUCUGAGGGCUAAUUUAUUUUAAAGUGAUAGAAAGAUGUAAACUUUAAGCAAACGUUCAGUUUUCACUGUGUAAAUAAUGUACGAUACUAGAUUGUAUGAAUUAAAAAAAACAUGUAAAUAAAUGCUUUUGCAAUAAAUUGCAACCGCUGUAAAACGAAAGUGCGUUAGAAGUGAAAUUUAAAAUGCCUUCUCAACGACGGACAUUUGUUUUUGGGUUCCACAGAAAGAUACAUCCGAUUUGUUAAACAUUCAUGUGUCAUUAUACUCUUGUCAUGAGAAUAGCUCCAGUUGGCAAAAUAUACUUGUUUUUUGAUAUUUACGAAGCCGUUAUAAUAUUUUGCCCACACAAAAACAAAUUUUACUUAUUAAAUAAAGAUGCGGUAUCAUCUGCGUUAUCUCUACACCUUUUACACAACAUACAAGCAAGUGAAUAAUAUUCCCAUGUUAGUGGUUUUGUUAUCUUUUAAGUAGGUAUACUUGCAUUCUGUGUAAAUAAUACAGUUUAUUUAAGUAAUUUAGUAAUAAUGGAAAAAGGCCGUAAUUGCGGUGUUCUAUUUAAAAUAGAUUCUCUUAGUAACGAAAACUAGCUGUGCUAAGAAUUUUUGUACACAACACCCAUUUAUUGUACACAUAUGAAGAAUGAUUUAUUUUCUGAAAAAUAA